AUGGCCACUCUGUCGGCGCAAUCCGAAGAGAAGGACCGAUUGAACGUACUGAUGAAAGAGAAAGCUGCAUUCGAUGCGAAAUUAAAUAGUUCAGCGAAGCUGCUCCAAGACGUCAAUAACGAGUUAACAAGGCAACUUGAUCGGGUGAAACAAUUGGAAAGUGAAUACGAAGAGGCACAACGAAAAGCAAAACCGAGGGUGGGUGAAAUAUUCUUUUCGGCAAUAAUCGACAUUGUCAAAUUUGCACCUCAAAUGAUCUCUAACGUUAUGGGACAUAGACCUUCCGGGCCGAGCGGUGGAGGCCAAAUGCCCUCGCAACAGCCAACGGCAGGAAAUGAGCAAACUAAUGAGCAAGUUGAUGAAUUGAAUAAUGCUUACAAGGCUGCCAGUGGAGUAAGUGAAGAAGAUAGGACCAAGAUGAAAGAGCAGUUGGAUGAAAUAUCAAAUCAAGUGCAAAGCGAUGCUGCGAAAGCUUUAGCUGAAACGGCGAGCAACGGUCAUACAAUGGUGCUGAAUCAACGACUAGAUACGAUGAGUGAGAGCUCAAGUGAUACCUACGGACAGAUUAUGGGUUCGAGACUUGCGAAACUAAAAGCUGCAACCGACAUGUUAAUCAGUGCAAACAAACAAUAUGAAGCGUUAUUCGAUAAGAAGAUAGCGCUGAUGGAUCGUAACAGUGAAUACAUAGCAAAACUUAAAGUCAUUGACUUCACCAAAAUCGAUUUCGAAGCGAUAUUGGAGGUUAUCCGAGAAGGUAUCUUCGUGCUUGGACGCCACAUUGAGCAAUGGAAACGUUUUCUGGAGUUCUUCAAGAUAAUCGAAAAUCUCACACAGUUGGCCAGCGAACAAAGUGGAUUAUUUAUAAACGGGACACUUCAAGGCGUCAAGGAUGGGGCAUUGAUGAGCGUUUAUGGAAAUGAUGAUAUCUAUAUGGAUAUGCUAUACGAGCACAGUUUUACUACGAUCGACAUAGCCAGGGAUGACUAUCUCAAACAACAACAACGAAUAAAGGAACGUGUUGAUCAGAUUUCGUGCUUAAUGGAUGUACUCAAGGAGGACCCUUACAUUAAGAAGGCAAUCGAGCAAAACGGCUACGAUGUGGAUAUCGAAGACUUCUGA